UCGAAGCUUGGGUCGCCGAUCUAGCAAAUUGCCAGAUAUCGCAUGGCCGUAUCGGCAGCCCAUGCGGCGGCCGAGAUGCAGCUGGGCGACUCGAGCAAAAGCCGCGGCGGAAUUCGAGCCGAGCUCCGGCGGCUGGUGGAGAUCGCCGACGACGAGGAGACCCGCAGCCUCGUCAGCGCCGCCGAGUUGAUGAUGGUGACGGCGGCGAGGGACCGUCGCGGCGACCUCGCCGCGUGGAUCGGAGGGCUCCGAGAGGCCGUGGGUGACCUGGACGAUAUGGUCGAUGACUUGGGCGAGCAGCGGCGACGGGAGCGGCUGGAGAAGGAGGCAAGGAGGAAAUCGAUGCUUCGUUGGUUCUCAGACUCAUCAUCCGACGAUGAGAUCGAUUACAAGAAAAUGAAAAUUCAAACUGAAAGUCUGAAUAAGAAAUUCCAUAAGAUUUUACAGAAUGGUAUUGGACUUGGUUUGCAACCAGGUGACAGAUGGCAGAAACAGAAAAGGAUAUCUGAAUUUACUGGGGAUCUCCCACCUCUUGUAGGAGAUGUUGAACAAGAAAAGACCAAGUUGAUCAACAAAUUGACUAGCACCCAAAGCCCCAGCCCUGUCAUUGCAAUAUUUGGGUUGGAUGGAACUGGCAAGACUACAUUGGCACGAAAAGUACAUGAUGACCUCCUCAUAAGAAGUGUAUUCAGCAAUGUUGUAUGGGUAGCUGGCUCCAGAUCUCUCACUGAAGUGAAAUUGCUACGUGCAAUUCUGAAGUCUUUUGGUGGUAAGCCUGGAGAGACAGAAAGUUGGGAGCAAAUGCAGAACAUGUUGUGCACCAUGCUUGCUGGAGCAAAGAGAUUCUUGCUGGUACUUGAUGAUGUAUGGGGUCACCAAGUUCGUGAGAACUUUCUAGAAGCUAGCUUGGAAGCACAGGAAGGAAGCCGAAUUCUGUUGACUACCCGGGAUGAGACAGUUAUGAGUCGAAUGCAUCUGGGUCCUGAUGACAUCCACAAAGUACAUGAAUUGAGCUUCCCUGCAUGUUUGUCUCUUCUACACACUAGUGCUGGCAUGGACGAAAGGCAUUGUGACAAAUUAAAACAAAUUGGUAUAAGUAUUAUCCAAAAAUGUUACAGGGUUCCGUUGGCUAUCAAGGUUAUGGGUGGUCUCCUAGGAACAAAGAACCCAACAGAAAAGGAGUGGCAGGAAGUGAUCAAUGAGACUGAAAAAUGGAUCGUUGAGGGCUUCCAUGAUGCCACGAAGAAUAUAUAUAUCAAGGACAUCCCAAAUCGGAAUGAGACGAGGAAAAUAAUUCUUAAGGACAUCCCAGAUGGCAUGAAGGAAAUAUGUGUCGCCAUAUACUUAGCCUAUUUCAACCUGCCACACCAUUUGAAGUUAUGCUUCCUUUACUGCUUACAACUCCCUGAAGAAUUUGUUAUAAGGCCACAAACUGUUACUCAGCUAUGGAUAGCAGAGGGCUUCAUUAAAGAACAAGAUAACUGCAGCCCUGAAGAUAUCGCAGAGGAGUAUUACAAGGAAUUGGUUGUAAGAAAUCUUCUCCAGCCGGAGGUUGGGUCUUCUGAUAUGUCAAGAUGCACAGUGCAUGAUUGUAUAAAGUCCUUGCUGCAACCUUUCACUGGAGACAACAAAUCAACAGCUACCACCGUCACCGAAGGGGAACAAAUUUCCAGAAGCUUCAGGACAGCUAUUGUUGUGUAUAAGAACCCAUCAAGUGAGCGUGGCCUGGAGAAGGGGUUGAAGGGGCUCGUGAACUUGAGAUCACUUGACCUUACUGGCACUGGCAUUAGAUACAUCCCGAAGUCGAUAAUGCGUCUACUCCACCUUAGGCUCUUGAAUCUCUCACUAACCCAAGUGUUAGAGCUUCCAGAAUCCAUUCAGAAGCUCAGACACCUGCAGUUCUUGAUACUUCGGUGUUGCUAUGGGCUCCAAACACUGCCAAAGGAAAUCAGCAGUCUGGUGAACUUGAGGACCCUUGAUUUGGAAGGGUCUGCACCACACACAGCUCUUCUCCCAAGUUUAGCAGCCCUGGAGGAGCUGACUGUACUGCAUGGUUUCGUUGUAAAGAGGCACAAUGCGGCAACUGGGAAAGAUCAUCAGAAUGGAUGGCCUAUAGAAGACCUGAGACCUUUGAAAUCGUUGCGCAGCCUACAGAUAAUGAACAUAGACAGAGUUCCAGACGAUUGCAGUGCUGAAGAAGCUGCCCUGUCAAGGAAAUCUUGCCUCACUCGUCUUGAGCUAUGUGGUAGUGCCACCAUUGAUACUCAGGUCUUUGUACCAGAUGAAGAAAACGUUAGAUGGCUCAGUGUGCUUACUGCUCUCCGCCCUCCACGAUGCUUGGAGUACCUCAAAGUUGCGAGCUACUACGGCAAAUCUUUUCCUGAUUGGAUGAUGCAUCUCCAAAAUCUCCAGCGGCUUGUUGUCGCCGACUGCAAACUCUGUGAGAGCCUCCCGGCUUUAGGGCAGCUACCACAGCUCAGGUUCCUCACCAUAACUGGGUGCCACAAGCUGCGCACCAUCGAGCGAGGAACAGAUGCUACUCUGGUAUUUCCAAAGCUAGAGCAGCUGGACCUGAGUGACAUGCAGAUCUUGGAAUCGUUCGAAUGUUUUAGAGAUGGCGACUUCCCAUCUCUCACCAAAUUUUAUGUAGAGAACAGUCCCAGACUGAGAUCCCUCCUCCCGUCUGGACAUGGGCAUUGCAAGGCACUGACAAGUAUGAAGGUUGUUGGUGCUGAUAUCCUCCAAACCAUUAGCAGCCUACCUGCGCUCAAGGAAUUGGUUGUCCAAGACUGCAGAGAGCUUGCAAUGAUCUCAGAUCUUCCAGAGCUUCAAGUCCUGCUGGUCUCUGACUGCUCAAGACUGAAGGAUGUGAAGGGAGUUGCCAGCCUAAGGCAUGUCCACUUCGUCGACAGGGUGAUGAAAAAUCUUCCAGAUUGGUUGACAGGCCAGCAUGCCUCUGUGCUGCAAACAUUAACCAUUGCCGGCACGGCAGAACUACUUGGGAAGUUGGUUCCUGACACCGAAAAUUGGUCGGCUAUAAGUAACAUUGACAAAGUUUAUGCAAAUUUUCCUGAUGGGACCUUGUUCUUGGCCUGUAACAAGGGCAGGCUUGAUUUUCUGAUGAUCAAGCCAGUGGAUGGCCCUCAGUUGGAAGAUCCUUAUGGACAAGCCAUGCUCACCAAAAUUGUCAGAGUGGCCUCAUGGACUGGCCUGGCAAAUACCGUCAAACAGUAUUUCAUCCCUCUUACCAUUUCUUUUGUGUUUUUGUUGCUGGCAACCAGAGAUUUGAUCCUCGUCGGGUUCUUCGUCGCCUUGUUUGCGGCAUUGGCAUGCAUUGCUGGUGUGCUGGCUUCUAUGUCAUAUAUGCCUUAAUUCAGAAAAAAAAACCUCAGGUGGUGAACAUAAACCAUGCAGCUGGACCAACGAGCAAUUAUAUAUAGCAUCUUCCGUA